GGAAGAUAGCCGAAACAUCAACGUUCACAGACAGAAUCAGUAAAUAACACUAUUUUAUGAAAAUUUGUAAGGAAUUUAAAUCAAACCACUGAAUCUACAUGGAAUAACAGAUCAAAUGCAUUGAUUGAAAGGGCCCCAGUAAAAUGUUAUAGCGUGUGGUAUAUUUGAAUUACCUAGCUACUGUAGCUAGCUGGCUAACAUGAGCUAAACGUUACUGCUAUCUACAAAGUGUUUGUGAAUUAGCCAAUUAACUAGCUAAACGGGUUAAUUGAACAUGGCCAAAUAGCCGAAAUGGCUUUGGCAUGAAUUAAAACAAAUGUCUGUUCUUUUGAAAUUAUAUAGUUAGGUAUUGGCUAAGGACUAUACCUAGCUACGUGGGAUUUCCAAAACGAAUACUUAAAGCAGUGUGAGGAUGUCGGGACAGAAGCGUCUGUGUGACUCCAGCGUCCCCUCUUCCUCGUCCAGUGCGUCCCCUGAGAAACGGAGGGGGCAAGAGGGAGGAGAGGAUGGGGGUCCAGGGGUCAGCUCUACUGCAGGAGGGACCACUGCUGUGGAAACAGUCAUCAAACUCGGAGGGGUUUCCAACUCGGAGGAACAGGAUGUCAAAGCUCUCCAGGUGAAGAACAGGAAGUUGGGAGAAUCGCUCGAUCAGAGACAGGUGAUUGAGGAUGAGCUGAGAGAGAGGAUCGAGAGACUGGAGACUCGUCAAGCAACUGAUGACGCCAGCCUACUGAUCCUGAACAGAUACUGGAAUCAGUUUGAUGACAAUGUGUGCCUGAUUGGAAGGCGCUACGAUGAGUCAGGAAGCGAGUCUGUGGAAACCCCGGCUGGAGAGGGGCGGAGCCUGAAGCCUGACACCCCAGAACCUGACGGCGACUCCAACCAGGAGAGAGUCAAAGACAGAGGCCACCAGGGGGAGACGACCACAUCCUUCCUGGCCACACUGGCCAGCAGCAGCAGCGAGGAGAUGGAGGCAGAGCUGCAGGAGAGGGUGGAGUCCAGCCAGAAGCAGGCCAACCGCGUGGUGGUGAUCUACGACAGCCUGAAGACCACCGUGGAGCAGCUAAAGAAGGACCAGGACUCUGGAGCAGAGGGCUCCGUGUGGCAGGUCGCCGCCCAGCUCAACACCCUCCUGUCCAAUGAGAACGACCGGCUGCGUCAUCUGACUGAGGACCUUCAGCAGAAGCACAGUCACAUGACUAGCGAGUCUCGUUCUCUGGGCUGGGCAGUGGCGAGGGCAGACACGCGGGUCAAUGAGCUGCAGGGCCUCAUCGAGGCGCUCCAGUGGGACAUGGAGAAGAUCCGACGCAGAGAGAACCGCCUCAACACACACCUGGGAGAAAUCCUGGAGAGGGUGAACAGUAAAGGCUACAAGGUGUGUGGGGAGGCCAGCAGUGUGUGUGGAACCAUUACCAUCAACAAGAGAAAGUUUGAGGAGAUGAACAGUGAGUUGGAGGAGAACAGGGAGCUGGCGGAGAACCGUCUGAGCGAGCUGCAGCGGCUGCAGCUGGACCUGCAGACGGUCAACCAGGAGAACAGCAACAUGAAGGUGAGCCUGCAGAGCCUGACCCAGGGCCUGGGCCACCAGAAUCCUAUGGCUCUCUCCCCCAACCCAGCCAUUGGAUUACCUGAGGUCCCACGUCCUUACUCAGCCAACCAAACCAGUCAAAUGAAGGUGGAGUUGUUGAGUCGUGCUGAGGGGGUGGUGAGGGAGAGCUCAGAGUACCGCUGUCUCCAGUCCCAGUUCUCUGUCCUCUACAACGAGUCUGUGGGCCUCAAGUCUCAGCUGGACGAGACGCGCACGCGCCUCAACACCACCAAGACGGCACGCCUCCGACAGCUAGAACACAUGGAGAAUGACGAGGUGUCUCUCCAGAGGAAGGUGCGUACUGAGGUGUUCCAGCUAGAGGACACUCUGGCCCAGGUCAGGAAGGAGUACGAGAUGCUCAGGAUCGAAUUUGAACAGACCCUCGCUGCCAAUGAACAAGCAGGUCCUAUCAACAGGGAGAUGCGUCACCUGAUCAGCACCCUGCAGACACACAACCAGCAUAUGAAGGGAGAGGUGGUGAAAUACAAACUGAGACUGAGAGAGGCACAGACUAACCUCAGCCAGGCUCGUACUAAGAAGGGCAGUGCUAUCCUCCAAUCACAAUCCAGUACGGAGCUGGACGUGAAGGUAGAGACCACCUCCCCCCUGACGCCCGCUGCCUCUGCUGAUGUCACCAUCAAGGUGGAGUCUGACAACGGUUCAGCCACACCCACCAGCACUAGUACCUCAGUGAAGACAGAGCCUGGGACAGAGACAGAGGGAGAAAUCAAAGAGAAGGAAAAGGAACGAGAGAGGGAGGGAGAGAGGCCAACACGUGGAAGGGGUGGGACCGAGGAGAAGGAGAAGGCUGGGACCAGCAACCAAUCGGAGGAGGUUGCUCCGGAGCGCCCUUCUGUGAUUGGAGGACCAAAGAGGAAGGAGGUGGAGCAACUGAAAAUUGUCGGGGCGGAGCUGAAGAAAGCCCAGGAGUCUCAGAGGGAGAUGAAGCUACUGUUGGAUAUGUACCGCUCUGCACCCAAAGAGCAGAGGGACAAAGUCCAGCUCAUGGCCGCUGAGAAGAAGGCCAAGUCAGAAGCGGAGGAGCUGAAGCAGCGUCUAAGGGAUCUGGAGGAGAGGGAGAGGAGGGAGGGGAAGAAGAUGGCCGAUGAGGAGGCACUGAGGAAGAUCCGCUCUGUCGAGGAACAAAUCAACAUCCUCAACAAGAAGCUCUCCCUGGCCAAGCAGGAGGAGGAUGCGUUGCUGAGUGAGAUGGACGUGACGGGCCAGGCCUUUGAGGACAUGCAGGAGCAGAACAUCCGGCUGAUGCAGCAGCUCAGGGAGAAGGACGACGCCAACUUCAAACUGAUGUCGGAACGCAUCAAGUCCAACCAGAUCCACAAGCUGCUCAAGGAAGAGAAGGAGGAGCUUGCCGACCAGCUGCUCACGCUCAAAACGCAGGUGGAUGCCCAGCUGCAGGUGGUGAAGAAGCUGGAGGAGAAGGAGCGCCUCCUCCAGGGCACCAUCGGUACUGCAGAGAGAGAGCUGGCUCUGAGAACACAAGCACUGGACAUGAACAAACGCAAGACCCAGGAGUCAGCGGUGCUGUCGGACGAGGUGUGUAGUCAGCUGGACCAGGUGCAGCAGAGACUGGGUACCGUCAGGGAGGAGGUCAUAGAGAACAGCAUCUCCAAAGAGAAGCAGUCCUUCAAUGCACGCCGCGCACAGGAGGACAUCUCCAAACUGCGGAGGAAGAUUGAGAAGGCCAAGAAACCUGCCGAGACCGUCCGCAACGGAGACGACAUCCUCAAUGAGGAAAUCAACGAUUACAAGGCGCGUCUGACCUGCCCGUGCUGCAACUCCCGGGUAAAGGACGCCGUCCUGACCAAGUGUUUCCACGUCUUCUGCUUCGAGUGCGUCAAGACGCGCUACGACACGCGCCAGAGGAAGUGCCCCAAGUGCAACGCCGCCUUCGGCGCCAACGACUUCCACCGCAUCUACAUCGGAUAGAUAGUAGUGCCUGGAGGUCAGCAGUAUCCACACAGGCUUUCUCUCCAGCCAAACAAAACUGUCUUCCAUCACCCCCUCCACUAGCGUGUGAGAUGGAAUGAGACUAGACACGUGUGGAAAUCUGAGAAUAUCGGAUGGGCAUGUAAUCAGUAUGGAAAUAGAUCCACCUUGCGCUCUGAUUGGCUAGGUGGCAUUUCCGCCAUGUUGCUGGGGGUGGGGUGCGCUAAGGCUUGUUUCUGGACUGGGCCUACAUUACAUUGUUGUAUAGAGAUCAUGAUCAUGGUUAUAUUUGCUGGCUGUGCAUUACCUGUCUGUCUGGCUGGAAGGAAAGCCUUUAGGAGACGCUGUGCCUGUGGCUCAACACUAGGGUUACAGUACCUAGGGCCUUGUGUGGGGGAAAAGUGAGAUUUGACUUGAAGCUUUUCCAUAGUUGACUGUAGCUAUUGGAUCAUUUUUGUACAUUAUUUUUUACUAUCCCCUCGCCCUUCUUUUUGGAUGGACUAGAUAAUUACAGACUUUUCACUUAAUUCUAGUCCUGAAGGGCUGCAGUGAUAUGCUGAAGACCCUGAUAACCUUUUUAUAAUGACUGAUAUUUUCAGCUUCUCUCACCCCAGUACUCCUACGGCUCCUGCCCCAUGGAACUAGACACCAGAUAACCUUCUGGGGGCCCCUCGGGCUCUGGUUUUAGACUGGUGUGGUGUCUGUGCAUGGGCAUGUCUGCUUACACGCAUGUGUGUGAGGGAGAGGGAAAAACUGACAAACCAUUUGCUUAGAUGGUUAGAAAAUCAAUGGUGAGUCUCUUGAUCAGCAGGCUCCACCUGUACUCUGUGUGACCAGUCGAUGCUUUCCUUGUAUUUGUAUGUUUUUUUUUAUUUGAAAGCUGGCUCAUCAGGGACUACCAAUAUCUUGAAUUGAUGCUAAUGUGUAAUAUUGCUGCUCCGCAAGUUAUUAAACUGCCAUCAAAACUA